GCCGCGCGCCGGCCCGGGCUCCGCCCCCUGCGGGAGAGCGUGUGGCGUCACUUCCGGCCUCUUUUCCCUCUGGACCGGAUCGCGAGCUGUGAGGGGUGCGCGUGUGUACCGAACUCCUCGGAACCAUGGCGUCCCUUUCCCUGGCACCUGUUAAUAUCUUCAAGGCUGGGGCUGAUGAAGAGAGAGCAGAGACAGCUCGUCUGUCCUCUUUUAUUGGUGCCAUCGCUAUUGGAGACUUGGUAAAGAGCACGUUGGGACCCAAGGGCAUGGAUAAAAUUCUAUUAAGCAGUGGACGAGAUGCUUCUCUUAUGGUAACCAAUGAUGGUGCAACUAUUCUGAAAAACAUUGGUGUGGACAAUCCAGCUGCUAAAGUUUUAGUUGACAUGUCAAGGGUUCAAGAUGAUGAAGUUGGCGAUGGCACUACCUCUGUUACUGUUCUUGCAGCUGAAUUACUAAGGGAAGCAGAAUCUUUAAUUGCAAAAAAGAUUCAUCCACAGACCAUUAUUGCUGGUUGGAGAGAAGCCACCAAGGCAGCAAGACAGGCUCUGUUGAAUUCUGCAGUUGACCAUGGAUCUGAUGAAGUUAAAUUCCGUCAAGAUUUAAUGAACAUUGCAGGAACAACAUUAUCCUCAAAACUUCUCACUCACCACAAAGACCACUUCACUAAGUUAGCUGUAGAAGCUGUUCUCAGACUGAAAGGCUCUGGUAAUCUGGAGGCAAUUCAUGUCAUCAAGAAGCUCGGAGGAAGUCUGGCAGAUUCCUAUUUAGAUGAAGGCUUUCUGUUGGAUAAAAAAAUUGGAGUAAAUCAACCAAAGCGAAUUGAAAAUGCUAAAAUUCUUAUUGCAAAUACUGGUAUGGAUACAGAUAAAAUAAAGAUAUUUGGUUCCAGGGUGAGAGUUGAUUCUACAGCAAAGGUUGCAGAAAUAGAACAUGCAGAAAAGGAAAAAAUGAAGGAGAAAGUUGAACGUAUUCUUAAGCAUGGGAUAAACUGCUUUAUUAACAGGCAGUUAAUUUAUAAUUAUCCUGAACAGCUCUUUGGUGCUGCUGGUGUUAUGGCUAUUGAGCACGCAGAUUUUGCAGGUGUGGAACGCCUUGCUCUUGUCACAGGUGGUGAAAUUGCAUCUACCUUUGACCACCCAGAGCUAGUGAAGCUUGGAAGUUGCAAACUUAUUGAGGAAGUUAUGAUUGGAGAAGACAAACUCAUUCACUUCUCUGGGGUAGCCCUGGUGAGUGAUUAUGUAGAUCCUGGUGAGGCUUGCACCAUUGUUUUACGUGGUGCCACUCAACAAAUUUUAGAUGAAGCAGAAAGAUCUUUGCAUGAUGCUCUUUGUGUUCUUGCCCAAACUGUGAAAGAUUCUAGAACAGUUUAUGGAGGAGGGUGUUCUGAGAUGCUCAUGGCUCAUGCUGUGACACAGCUUGCCAAUAGAACACCAGGCAAAGAAGCUGUUGCAAUGGAGUCUUAUGCUAAAGCCCUGAGAAUGUUGCCAACUAUCAUAGCUGACAAUGCAGGCUAUGAUAGUGCAGAUCUGGUUGCACAGCUCCGAGCUGCCCAUAGUGAAGGCAAUACAACUGCUGGACUGGAUAUGAAGGAAGGUACCAUUGGAGAUAUGGCAGUACUGGGUAUAACAGAAAGUUUCCAAGUGAAACGACAAGUUCUUUUAAGUGCAGCUGAAGCAGCAGAAGUGAUUCUACGUGUGGACAACAUUAUCAAAGCAGCACCACGGAAACGUGUCCCUGAUCACCACCCCUGUUAAGCAUUCCCGUAUACUGUUGAGCUCUUGGACCAGUUCAUAGCAAAAGUGCAUUUGAAAGACUUCAGCCUCCUGAAAGAAGACUAGAAACGAAGUUUAUCUGUGGCUAUUAUAUCCUUAAGUUUGAACAUUUAACUGACCUCCUGUUUUAACAUGGGUCUAAUUUAUUGCUGUUUCAUUUUCCAUAAAAUUCAGUUGAUUUAAGAAUUUAUUUCUCAUACUGUGCAUCAAAAUAAAAAUUGGAACAAUUAUUUAGUUCUUACUUGA